CACACCGAAUAAACAAAACAAAAACGCCAAAUCAACAAACAAACAAUGUUACUUAUAACAAUGACCACCAGCUAACCCCAAAACUCAUAAUAACGCUCUUUCUAAAAUCUAAUUCAUUCAUUCUUUUUGUGUUUGUGUCAUGUGAGUUGGAAGAGGAUAUGGUCUGUUGUAAACUCUGAAGUUAUUGUGUUGUCUGGUGAAGAAGACAAUUAAGAAUAUCAAUCGGUUGAAUCAGAAGAAACAUAAUGUUCAGAUUGCAUAGACAUAAGUCUGAGAAAUCAGGGGAAAAGAUUGAUUUCAAGUUCUCUCACUUUAACGCUCUUCAGGUUCCAAAAGGAUGGGACAAGAUUCUUGUGUCUAUGGUGUCAGUGGAAACCGGGAAAACAAUUGCCAAGUCAAGUAAAGCUUUAGUAAGGAGUGGGAAAUGCCAGUGGGCAGAAACUUUGACAGAGUCCAUUUGGGUCGCACUAGACACUUCUAAAGAACUUGAAGAGAGUCUUCUCAAGCUUGUCGUUUCGAUGGGAUCAUCCAGAUCAGGUAUUCUUGGAGAAACAAUUGUUAACCUUUCAAACUACACCAGCUCAAAGUCUUCUGUUCCUAUUUCAUUGCCGUUAAAGAAAUGUGAUCAUGGAACAGUUUUACAAUUCAAACUCCAGUGCCUCACUCCAAGGGCAACACUGAGGAAGCCAAAAUUACUACCUAACACUUCCAAUGUAGAUAGUACUAAUGAGGAGUACGAUGAUAUGGAUAACAAGUCAGAUACAUCUGAUAGUACUUAUACUAGGAGUAUUGGAUCUUCCUCUAGUAACCAUUUGGCCAGCAAUUCUCAUCCAGUGGAAUUUGACAGUAGGAACCCAAGUUUUUCGGCAUCAGGGUCACGCCAUAGCUCUGACUCAAUCGAAGGCUCUUUAGAUAGAAUUAAUUUUUCCCCUAGAAACAACUUAAAUGGAGACAAUCUGACUGGAGCACACGAAUCAUUUGGGUCGCCGAGAAACCCAAUUUAUGGUUCUGGUGCUGUUGAUCUUCCCCGAUCAAGUAACUCAUCGUUCAAUUCAAAAUCAGGCAGCAAUCCUCAAAGUCGGAGACAAGAGUUAGUGCGAAAUAGUUCAGAUGCCUUAGGCUCAUCAUCACUGAGAGAUGCUGCUUCUCCUAAAGAUCUUCUAGAAGCUGCAGAAGAUACAAUUGAGGAGCUUCUUGCAGAAGCUAGAAUGUGGGAAAGAAAUGCUCGGAAAGUAAUGGUUGAUCUAGAGACAUUGAGGAAGGAAUCUGCUGACCAGUCAAGAAACCAUGCGAAUUUGGAUAUGGAGCUUUCAGCAGCAAAUGCCGAAUGUGAUGGUUUAAAGAAAGAGAUUCAACAGCUGAAAAUAAUGAUGGAGGAAAUGAAAAAAGAAUCUAUGGCUGGUAAUUCUAACUUGCAUGCAGAUGGUGUAACCGGCAUUCAGAAGGAAUUGGAAGCUGAGAUAAAGUUUCACAAAGAAUCCAGUGCUGCAAUGUCUCUACAGCUGCAAAAAACUCAAGAAUCAAAUCUUGAGCUUGUUUCUAUUCUUCAGGAGCUCGAGGAGACCGUAGAGAAACAGAAAACUGAGUUGGAUUCCCUUUCAGACAUCAAAACAAAAGCUGGCGACAUGGACAAUUCAGGAGUGGAAGAGAGCUCAAAUGUACCGAUACAGCUGCAAGAAUUGGAUAGAUCACAUAAAGAAAUGCAAGCUUCAAUGAAGCUGCUGGAAGUAAAGCUAGAAGACAAAAAUAAGGAACUAGAGAUGGAACAGAACCUUCGGAAGAGAAACCUCUUGGAUAUUGAAGCAGAAUCUGCCAAGCUAUCGGCAAAAGAUAAAGAAAUCAUUAACUUAGAAGCGAAGAUAUCUGAUUUGCUCAGUGCUCAAGGUUCGCAAGAAAUGAUGGCAUUUGGUGGAGGUAAUUCGAAUCAAGAGGUUGAGAUGUUGAGAGAGAAAGUACAGGAACUAGAGAAGGACUGCAACGAACUUACAGAUGAAAACCUGGAACUCUUAUACAAGCUAAAGGACUCAAAAAAGGAUCUCCAACCUGGUGCUGAUUCCAUUGCUUCUGAACCUGAAGCUGACUUACUUAGAUCACAAGUACAUCAGUUAGAACAGGAACUAGAGCAGAAGCAUUCUCAGUUUGACGUGGCUGCUGAAAACUUCAAGUCCCAGUUGGUCGGUCUUCAAAGUAAGUGUGCGGAUCUGGAAAUUCAAUUGCAAUCUUUCCAAAAGAAAGCUCAUGAUCUUGAUACCCAACUUUCUGAGACUGAACUCAAAGGGAAGGAUCAUGAACUCGAAAUAACUACAUUGAAGCAACAAUUGCAACAGUAUCAAGAUGAAGAAGAAAAGGGUGAAAUCCCUAUUGAAAAGCUUGAAUCUCCCAGCUCCACAGAAUCAAUUGAAAUAUUCCAAGAGCUAUAUCAACAGCUUCAUCUGGCUUUAGCUCAAGUAAAGAAGCCAUGGUGUAAUAUCUCCUCUAAUGUAAGCAUCGAAUAUGAAGAUAAUAUGAACCAGGACCCUAAGUUUGUAGAUUUGACAUCUCAAAAGGAGCAGGGUGAGGCUAUCUUAAAUAGAGUCGCUGAUCUGAAUAAAUUGCUCGAAGAAAAGAUUAAAGAAUACGAAGUUCAAUAUCAGCAUAGUGAAGCCGUACGAGGGCUCAAAGAUGCAAGUGUUAAUGAGGCUCCAGUGAAUCCAGAAGAAUACAAAAGUCUAGAGAUGGACUUGACAGCUAAAGUAGAGGAGAUUGAAACAUUAAGACGUUGUCAAACAGAAUUAGAAGCUCAGAUUUCUAAUCUUGAAAAAGAAAAAUGUCAAUUGGUGGAAAACUUGGAAACUCUUUCAAGAGAAAAUAGUAUUACAUCUAAAUGUUUGGAUGAAGUACGAAAUGAUAUGAUGGUUCUUAGUAGCAGCUUGGAUUCCCAUGUUGCUGCGAAUAAGUUGCUUGAAAAGAAUUCACUGGAGCUAGAAAGUGGAAAGCACGAACUAGAGCUUCAUUUGUCUGAGCUGGAAGAGGAGAAUGUACAAUUGUCUGAACGCAUAUCUGGUUUGGAAGCUCAGUUAAGGUAUUUGACAGAUGAGAAGGAAUCUGGUAGAUUGGAGCUAGAGAACUCCAAAUCUCUUGCUAUGGAUCUUAGGACUGAGAUUGGAAGGUUGGAGGCUGAAAUGGAAACACAAAAGGUCGAACUGAAGCAGAAAUUGCACGAUAUGCAGAAAAGGUGGUCAGAAGCUCAAGAAGAGUGUGAAUAUCUGAAGAAAGCAAAUCCAAAAUUACAAGCUACAGCUGAAAGCCUCAUUGAAGAAUCUAGUACCAAUCAGAGAUUAAAUAGAGAAUUGAAAAAGCAGAAACUUGAGUUGCAUGAGCGUUGUACAGAAUUAGAAGCUGAAUUGAGGGAAUCUCGAAGAAGUUUCUCUGAUUGCUGCCAGAAAGUUGAAAUCUUAGAAGCAGCAUAUGCUGCGAUGCAUGUGGAUAUUGCUUCAAAAGAGAAAUUCCUGAGUGCAGAAUUAGACGCUAUUCUUCAUGAAAACAAGGAAAAUAAAGAGAAACUAAUUGUGGAGGAUAGAUUAUUGAAUCAGAGGUACUCAGAGAAGGUAGUGGAAGUUGAGAACCUUCAGAGAGAAGUAUCACACCUGACCGAGCAGAUUGGUGCAACUCAUGAUGAGAGAGAAAAAAUAGCUUCCAAUGCAGUACUUGAGGUCUCCAGUUUACGUGUAGAGAAAGCAAAACUUGAGAGUGCUCUUCAAGAAGCCCAAGCUAAUGCGAAAUUGUCCGAAGAAGAACUUCGUAAUCUGCAACUAGAAUCUAGAACUAGAGAUCAGGAGUUGAUCAGCGAGCUUGCUACGUCGAAAAGAAAUCAGGAACUGCUGAUGGCUGACCAUGAAAAAAUACAGAGGUCGCUGGAUAGCGUCAGGUCUAGCGAAGAAAAAUUUAAAAGCGCUGUUAUUGAGCUUGAGCGAAAACUUUCAGCGUCUGAGUAUGAAACCCAGCAGCAAAUGCAAGAGGUUGUUAGUUUGAAGGUCCAAUUGGAAAGAAUAUCACAUCUACAGGAUGAAGUACUGUCACUGAAAAACACUCUCAAUGAAAUCAUGUUUGAAAAGAGUAAAGUAGAAGCACAGUUGCAGUCAUUAACAGGAGAUUGUGAAGAACUGAAGGCAGAGAAAAGUUCACUUGUCGAGAAAAUAUCAAAUAUGCAGAUGAGCGUGAUCGAAGCAGAGGGUUGUAAACGUAGCAGGGUAGCCUUAGAAGAAAAACUUCUGCGGUUGGAAGGUGAUUUAACAGCUAAAGAAGCUUUAUGUUCUCAGGAAGCUGAGUUGAAAAAUGAGCUAAGCCGGAUUAAAAGGACGAACAGUCAAUUGCAGAGAAAGGUACAAUGUGCUGAGGAAGAGAGGGAAGAAUGCCUAAAGAAAGCCCAUGCCCUUGAAGAGGAACUGAAACUAAAGAAAGGUGGGGAACAACGAAGCAGGUCUAGCAGUAUGGUUGGAUCCGAAUCAGAUACAGAUAUCAAGGAAGAGUUGAAUAUCUUGGAGGGUGAUGACAGACAUCGUGACAACAAUGGGUCGCCUCGAGUUGAAAGCGAAGAUCUUCUGUCGAAAAUCCAGUCGCUUGAGAUCGAACUUGCCGAGGCGUUAGAAGCAAAUGAAAUGUAUAAAGCACAGCUUAAGAAGCUAUUAACUGAAGGACAACAAGGCCACACUAAUGCUCCAAAGAGAUCGACAUCUGAAGUUGUAACCGGAAGGAAGACAUCAGUACUGGAAGCUGAGCUAAAAGACAUUCGCGAGCGCUACUUCCACAUGAGUCUCAGAUUUGCUGAGGUAGAAGCCGAGCGUGAGGAGCUAGUGAUGAAGCUCAAAUCUUUCAAAAGUGGGAAGAGGUGGUUCUCGUGAACUCGAGAGUUUGUUAUCAACAACUCUCUUCCUUUGGGUUUCCAAACAUAGCAAUUAACCAGUAUAUAGUUAGCUAAGUCUCAAUUUACUGUUCACAUUUAUAUUGAAGAGACUAGAAAAAUUUACACACGAAGUUGAAGGCAGGUAGAAUAAACUCAGUCCACAAAAGAGGCUGGUUGCCUGUAACAAUAAAGUAGAGAGAGUCAUGAAAUAUUGGCCUUGUCAUGUUGUUUCUUGCUUAGUGCAUUAUUUAAUGUAAUUAAUUAUAGCAAUAAAAGUAAUAUUCAGUUUUGUUCCA